AUGGCCCAAGGCUCAGUCGAGCUCCGCGAUGUGAAUGCGGAUACACUGAAUCACGAUAACCAGGAUCUGGAUGUACUAGGUGCCAGUUCCGAGCCUCAAGCCUUCAAUAAUGAAUUCUCCCUGCCGCCUGUUGAUACUGGAGCAGCAGCGUGGCUAUUCUUGGCUGCCUGCUGGGGGGUUGAGGCUCUAACCUUUGGCUUUGGCUUCUCCUUUGGUGUCUUCCAGGACUACUAUAGUUCCCAUGCUCCGUUCGCGGGCUCCGGUGCUAUCGCCGCCAUCGGCACUACCACAACGGGAAUCAUGUACAUUGGAACGCCGUUUGUCGUUGCCUUAUGCCGCUUGUACCCUCGCCAAGCCCGCUGGUUCACUCCUGUUGGCCUCGUUAUCGCUUCUUUAGCUUUGGCACUGAGCUCCUUUUGCACCACCGUGCCUCAACUUAUUGUGACCCAAGGAGUCUUGUACGGGGCCGGCAGCUGUAUUGCUUACUGCCCGUGUACACUAUACAUCGACGAAUGGUUUGUUCGGCGAAAAGGGCUUGCUUACGGCAUUGUUUGGAGCGCAGCAGGCCUGGGUGGAGUUUUUCUCCCCUUGGCCCUCGAGGCCCUCCUUGAUAACCUCGGAUUCCAGAACGCUACGAGAGUUGCCGCGGGCAUUCUAUUCGUAUUUUCGUUCCCCUUGACCAUAUUGAUCAAGCCCAGACUGCCGUACUCGCCGAUUACUCACAGCAGGCCGCUCAACUUGCGAUUCGUGGCAUCCAAGAUCUUCAUCUUAUACCAAUUGGCAAAUGUUAUCCAGGCGACAGGUUAUUUUCUCCCAGCCAUUUACUUACCGACAUAUGCCCGCAUGACCUUUGGAGCCUCAACUUUCCUAGCAGCGUUGACAAUCAUCUUAUUCAACAUGGCCAUAGCCAUUGGCCUCAUCGUCAUGGGCUUGCUGAGCGACAAGCUUGCAGCCACAACCUGUAUGUUCAUCUCCGCCGUUGGGGCAGCCAUAUCUGUCUUGGUAAUAUGGGGACUCACGGAGUCUCUUGCGGUGCUAUACCUGUUUUGCGUCUUUUACGGUUUCUUCGCUGGGGCAUGGGCGAGUAUUUGGCCUGGCAUAAUGAGAGAGGUUUCUCAGAGAGGCGAGAGUGAUAGAUACGGGUAUGCCGAUCCCAUCAUGGUGCAUGGCUGUCUUUGUGUCGGGCGAGGCGUGGGUAAUAUCCUCUCGGGGCCGCUUAGCGACUCUCUUAUCAAGAGCAUGCCUUGGCGAGGAAAGGCUAUAGGAGGGUAUGGGAGCGGAUAUGGCAUUCUGAUCCUUUAUACUGGUAUUACAGGCCUGUUGAGUGGGAUGAAUAUUCUUUGGAAGUUAUAA